AUGAGUACGACGGUACCAGAAGCCACUACUGAAUCCAGUGUGUCGAGCGAGUCCCUGAAAGUGACCCUAGUGGACAUCGGCCUGUGCACAUUCUCCGCACUUCUCUCCAUCUUCAUCAUCGGCAGUAACGUCAUCACUAUUCUGGCAAUUUGCAAAACAGCCUCCCUCAGGUCUAUCACCAACGCCUAUGUUGCCAGUCUUGCCGUCACAGAUAUCAUCGUUGGCUUCGACUUGAUUCUUGCGGCACUCUUCAUGUUGCCCAACCUGAGAGCCGAGUUGUUUUACAAAAGCAUCCACGCCUGUGUGCUUAUGCAGGUCAUCGGUGUAGCCAUGCCGGUCCUCUCCGCCAUCCACAUGACCUUCAUAGCUGUAGAACGUUACAUGUAUAUCUGUAAACCUUACUUAUACCCCCGAGUUGUAACCAAUCGAUUCGUUUCCUGCACUCUCUCGAUUGCUUGGACGUUUGGACUAUUUUACGCCAUUCUCCUGCAGUUCACGCAUGUGCCGUAUGGAGAAAUACCUUUGUGCGACAUCACAAAAACAUUGCGGAUCGAGUGCUUGUUCUACCCUCUCUCAGCCAUGUAUUUCCCCGUCGUGAGCAUUAUCGUGGUCAUGUACAUCCUUAUCCUGCGAGUGGCUCUCCGACAGACCAAAGCCAUCUGCUCCACAGUUCCCAGCGUCGCAGGAGCCAUCUCCCAACAAGGCAACACCGGCAUCGGCGACCAACACAAGAACAGCAAAAACAACGCUUCUAGACGAGCCACCUUGAAGAGUGUCAAGUUCUUCCUGACCGUGUUUGGUGUGUUCUUCGUCUGUGCCACGCCGACAGUUGUGGUUGUUGGUCUGGACUUUUACACGACAGUCCCGCCGUCCCUAUACCGUCUCUUCAACGUGAUCACUUUCAUGAACUCCGGCAUGAACUUCAUCAUCUACGCCGUGCAGAACCAGCAGUUCAGGGCUGCUUUUCUCAGACUGGCUCCCUGGAAUAGGUCUCGCUACUAA